AUGGACCCUAGAAGCCGAGACAGCUUUCCAAGAAAUGAAAAACUACAUCUGCAAUCUCCCAACCUUAGCUACUCCAGUCCCCGGGGAAGACUUACUCCUAUAUUUGUCCGCCUAAAAAACAACCAUAAGUGCGGUAAUGAUGGUGGAAAGAGAGGGAAAGCAAAUCCCCAUAUACUUCAUCAGCAGGACACUCAAGGCCCGGAGGAACAUUACAUGCCCUUCGAGAAGUUUGAUCUGUCUCUUGUAUUCGCUUCCCGAAGGCUGAGAAGGUAUUUCCAAGCACAUAAAGUCAUCUUAAUGACGGACCAGGCACUUCAAAAGGUACUCAGGAGACCGGAGCUCUCAGGCCGAUUGGCCAAAUGGGCAGUUGAGUUAGGAGAACACUCCUUGGAAUACAAGGCCAGAACUGCCACGAAGGGGCAAAUACUGGCUGACUUCUUGGCAGAGGUCCUGGAGGACGAAGAAAAAGAGCUCCUGAGGUGGGAGGCCCUGGAGAAUGAGGAAAGAGAAAAGGAGGAUGAGGCAACAUGGAAACUGUUCACAGACGGGGCCUCCAGCGAAGAAGGAAGUGGAGCGGGCAUCACAAUGAUCAGCCCUGAAGGAGUUGAGCUAACUUAUGCCAUCAGACUGGACUUCGAAAAUACCAACACAGCUGAAUAUGAAGCCUUUUUGGCAGGGCUAAGGUUGGCUAAGAAGAUGAAAGCAAGGAAUGUGGAGGCCAGUACUGACUCACAGCUAGUAGUCAAGCAGUACCAAGGGGAGUACGAGGCCAAGGACAAUGUAAUGGCUCAGUAUGUGGCCAAAGUGAAGGGAACAGCCAAGGCUUUCAAGACCUUCAAGCUAGAGUACAUCCCCCGUGGGGGAAACAGGAAAUCUGAUAACCUUAGCAAGCUGGCUUCUGUGGCAUUUGACCACCUGGCAAGAGAAGUCAAGGUGGAGGUCCUAACCUCCCCCUCCUUUGGCACAGAAGAGGUAGUUGCGAUUGAAAACGCACAGGAGACAUGGAUGACACCGAUUGUAAGAUUCCUCAAAGAUGGAAUACUACCUGAGGGAGAUUGGGCAGCCAGGAAGGUAAGAGUCAAAGCUUUGCCAUACGAGUUGAUUGACGGAGAACUUUACCGAAGGUCAUACCUGGGCCCAUCCUUGAAUUGCGUCGACAGUGAAGAAGCUAAGUAUGUGAUUAGAGAAAUACAUGAGGGUAUUUGUGGCAUGCAUUCUGGGCCAAGGACAGUAGUGGCAAAGGCGACGAAUGCGGGAUUUUAUUGGCCUAGAAUGUAUGAGACAGCAUCGGAAGAAAUCAAGAGAUGUGACAACUGCCAGUUCCAUGCAUUCAUCACGCACCGCCAUAAGCACCCCAUGAUACCCGUGUCAACGUCUUGGCCUUCCAGAAGUGGGCCAUUGAAAUAA